AUGGGGAAGGCGGAUUUUCUAUCCCCUAAAGCUAUUGGCAACCGGAUAAAAGCCAAAGGUCUACAAAAGUUGAGAUGGUACUGCCAGAUGUGCCAAAAACAAUGCCGAGACGAGAAUGGCUUCAAAUGUCACUGUAUGUCCGAGUCCCACCAGAGACAGCUGCUGCUGGCCUCAGAAAACCCAACAAAGUUCAUGGACUAUUUCUCAGAUGAGUUUAAAAGGGACUUCUUGGAGCUGCUCAGGAGACGUUUUGGAACCAAGCGAGUGCACAACAACAUCGUCUACAAUGAGUACAUCAGUCACAGAGAGCAUGUCCACAUGAACUCCACACAGUGGGAGACUCUCACUGACUUCACCAAAUGGCUGGGAAGAAAGGGUUUGUGCAAAGUGGACGAGACGCCUAAAGGCUGGUACGUCCAGUACAUCGAUCGCGACCCGGAAACAAUCCGCCGCCAAGAGGAGCAGGCGAGGAAGAAAAAGCAAGAGCUGGACGAUGAGGAGAGGAGUGCCAAAUUCAUCGAGGAGCAGGUCCGGAGAGGCCGCGACCACAAGGAGACUGAAGAAAACCCAGUUUACACAGAGCUUAAACGAGAGAACGAAGAAGAAAAAGUUACUUUCAACCUGAGUGUGGGUUCCGCUGUUGCUGGGCCCUCUAAAUCAAGCUCAGCGUUGGGUGCCAGCGCUCUCAAAGCAGCAGCGGCGGCGUCAACUUCAUCCUCAGUUAAAAGGAAAGAGUCGUCCUCCGGUUCGGACUCUAGAGGGGAGAAGAAGAAGAAAUCUGCCCUGGAGGAGAUCAUCGAGGUUAUGGAGGAGAGGAAGAAGCAGUCUGUCAGAACUGAUUACUGGCUACAGAACAACAUCGUUGUCAAAGUCGUCACCAAGAGGCUGGGAGAGAAGUACCACAAGAAGAAGGCCGUCAUCACGGAGGUGCGAGAGAAAUACACUGCAGUGGUGAAAAUGGUCGACUCCGGAGACAAAUUGAAACUGGAUCAGAACCACUUGGAGACUGUGAUACCUGCACCAGGGAAGCGGGUUUUGAUCCUGAAUGGCCCCUACAGAGACACAGAAGCCGUGCUGGAGGGGAUUGAUGAGAAAAACUUCAGCGCUACACUCACACUUGACUCGGGUCAUCAGAAAGGGAAGACAGUGGGCAUCGCGUACGAGGACUUCUCAAAAUUGGCGUGA